AUGGGCAUCGCAGGCAGAUUCUGGACGUACGUCCAACCCCUCCCCCAGACCACCGGUCCGGACGACUACCGCUCAAUCGACAAGUCUCUCUGGAAACGCGACGAGAUCGACGCCAAAUUCCACAUGUUCAUCGACGACCCCGGGUACAAGCCCAACAAGCUGCAAAACACGCUCGGCCAGGCUUGGGAUACCUUCCGCCUGCCACCCAAGCAGCGCAAUUACAUGCAGAAGCUGGACGCGAAUAUCCUGCUUUACGCGCUGCUCUCGUUCUUCAUCAAGACGCUCGAUAACUCGAAUAUCUCCAACGCGUUCGUCUCUGGCAUGCGCGAGGAUCUUAAUCUGUAUGGUAACGAGCGGAAUUUAUUUACCACUUUCUUCAACUGCGGGUACAUCGUCGGCUCGAUCCCCGCGCAGGUCAUCCUCAACCGCGUCCGUCCUUCGAUCUGGAUUCCCACCUGCGAAUUCAUCUGGUCCGGCCUAGUCAUGGCCAUCUCUGGUUGCAAGACCCCCGAACCGAUCUACGGCAUCCGCUUCAUGAUUGGCUUCUUCGAAUCCGUCGCAUACCCCGGCCUGGCGAUGGUCCUCGGCUCCUGGUACCGCCCCUCCGAGCUCGCGAAGCGGAUGCAGACCUACGACGCCGCAUGGGCCAUCGCCUCCAUGUUCUCCGGCUACAUCCAAGCCGGCGUGUACACGUCCAUGAACGGCCUGGCCGGCUACGCGGGCUGGCAGUGGCUGUUUGUCAUCGACGGCAUCAUCGGCAUCCCGAUCGCACUCCUGGGAUACUACUGCAUUCCCGAUUUCCCCAUCAACUCGCACGUGCGGUGGAUGAACGACACGCAGAAAGAGUACAGCUACGUGCGCAUGGAACUGAUUGGCCGCAAAGCACCGCAGAGGUUGACCUUCAAACGCUUCUUCAAGAUGUUCACCACCUGGCGUCCCUACGGCUUCCUCUGGCCCUGGUGUCUGUUCAACAUCUGCGACACGACCAGCUACUUCAACCUCUGGCUCGACUGGCUCACGAACCCCGACGGAUCGUCAAAGUACUCGACCCAGCAAGUCAACCUGAUCCCGACCGGCGGCUACGCGAUCUCGCUCGUGACCGGCUACCUGUCCGCCAACAUCUCGGACCGCAUCGGCCUGCGCUGGCCCUUCAUCGUCAACGCCAUCUUCUGGGUAUUUUUCGGCAACCUCCUGCUCGCGAUCUGGAACAUCCCCGACGGCCUCAAGAUGUUUGCUUUUUUCUGCCCCGACAUCGGCUACGCGCUCUGGGGCAUGAUGCUCGCCUGGUCCGCGGAAGCAUUCCAGGACGACGCGGAAAUGCGCGGCAUGCUCCCCGCCGUCGGCUCAACCAUCUCCUACGCCGUCAACGCAUGGCUGCCAAACAUCAUCUUCCCCUACACCGACGCGCCGCAGUACAAGGACUCGUACGGAUACCAAGUGACCACCGGCCUGAUCUUUGUCGAGUUCCUCGGCGUUCUCUUCAUGCUCUACAUGACCAAGCGCGAGGCCCGCAAGCGCGGCCGCGUGAUUAACAAGUACGGUCUUGCUGUCGACGUCGAGGACGCGGUGCUCGUCGGCACGCUUGAUGAUGAUGAUAACCUGAGCAGUAAGGAGGCGAGUUUGCCGGAUCGUCAGGAGUUUGAGAAGGGGCCGAUCGUGCUUACCGGUGUGGAUCCUGUGGAGCACGAGGUGGAGGAUACUAUCGUAGCUCAUAAGAAGGAGUAG